UUGGAUACUUGGAUUGGCCAAAUCUGGUUCCUAUUUAAGAGUCCCUCUUCAUUGUAGUUGGCCAACACACAAACACUACUGAAUUAGAAUACAUUGAUCCCAACAGUCCUCCUUAAUCAGCUGCCUCCCAUUUGCAAGAAAGCAAGAGAUCAGAAGAAUUAAUGGCCAACUUGGGCUUUCUUUCACUACUUCUGAUCACGGUUGGAAUCUGCUGUCCCUUCAUCAUCAACGCCAAUGCUUUUGUGGCUUCUGGCUGGCAACAAGCUCAUGCCACUUUCUAUGGCGGCAGUGAUGCCUCUGGAACAAUGGGAGGAGCUUGUGGAUAUGGGAACUUGUAUGCCACUGGUUAUGGGACUAGAACGACAGCUCUAAGCACUGCUUUGUUCAACGAUGGCGCAUCCUGCGGGCAAUGCUACAAGAUCAUCUGUGAUUACAAAACCGACCCCACUUGGUGCAAGAAAGGGUACUCGGUUACGGUCACGGCCACAAACUUUUGCCCCCCUAACUAUGAUCUUCCUAGCAACGCCGGCGGCUGGUGCAACCCUCCUCUCCAGCACUUCGACAUGGCUCAGCCUGCUUGGGAGAAGAUCGGCAUUUACAGAGGUGGCAUCAUCCCCGUCUUGUACCAAAGGGUGUCAUGCAAGAAACAUGGUGGGGUUAGAUUCACAGUGAACGGGAGGGACUACUUUGAGCUGGUGCUGAUAAGCAAUGUGGCCGGGGCUGGAUCUAUUCAAUCUAUGUCCAUUAAGGGCUCAAAAACUGACUGGACGCCAAUGUCAAGGAACUGGGGAGCAAAUUGGCAGUCCAAUUCUUACUUAAACGGCCAAUCUCUCUCUUUCAGGGUCACCACCACCGAUGGCCAGACGAGAGUGUUCCAAAACAUUGUCCCGGCAAAUUGGCAAUUCGGCCAGACCUUUUCUAGCCCCGUUCAGUUCUCCUGAAUUUCAUAAGAGUUUUAGAGUUCAGGGUUUUGGGUUUUAGUGGCAGCGGCAUGCUUAUAAUUUUGCUGGAGCAGCCCGCCAAUUUUUACAGCUUAUACUUUAAUAUUCGCGUGGGGUAAGAAGGGAAGGAAAACCCAUGAACUCAAAAGGCUCCUCCGUAUGUUCUUCUUGCGAGUUUCUGCACUUAAAGGUCACUGUCCUUCCACAAAAGUGGUGGCUAUACGUGGAGUUGGAAAUUGUUUGGAUUCUGGACUACUGAAGAUAUUACAUACCAAUAAGAAGCUAGCUUGGUAACAACACAGCUUCGUAACAUUAAUUAAUUUUCAAUGUCUGUACUUCUAAAUAAUACUCUUGUGAUGUAUAGAAUUAAUGGUGCAAUGGAACAUUUUUCUAUCACCCCAAGUUAAUAUAAGCAUUCCCCCUUUCUUUUCUUA